CGUGCUGACGUCGAGACGCAGCGGCAGGGUAUGGCGGCCUUAGCUUCCUGGUAACGGCACCGGGAGCAAGGCAGGCGAUCGCCGCGGCACAGUCAGCUGUCCGCCCAGCGGUGAGGGACGAGAGGAUGGCGGACUUUGACGAGAUUUACGAAGAGGAGGAAGAGGACGAGGAGCGGGCGCUGGAGGAGCAGCUGCUGAAAUACGCCCCUGAUCCGGUGGUGGUGCGGGGAUGUGGGCACGUCACAGUAUUUGGUCUUAGCAACAAGUUUGAAGCAGAAUUCCCAUCAUCUUUAACUGGAAAAGUAGCACCGGAGGAAUUUAAAUCUAGUAUUAACCGAGUUAACAGUUGUCUUAAGAAGAACCUUCCAAUUAAUGUUCGAUGGCUGCUGUGUGGGUGUCUGUGUUGUUGCUGCACUCUGGGAUGUAGCAUGUGGCCGGUUGUAUGUCUCAGUAAAAGGACACGAAGAUCGAUUGAGAAGUUAUUGGAAUGGGAAAACAAUAGGUUAUACCACAAGCUGUGCUUGCACUGGAGACUGAGCAAAAGGAAAUGUGAAACCAAUAACAUGAAGGAAUAUGUCAUCUUGAUAGAAUUUUUACCAAAGACACCAAUUUUUCGACCAGAUUAGCUGUCUAUUUUUCCCAUAUUUUUUUUUUUCUUUCCUUUGUGUUUUUUCUUUUUUCUUUCCCUCUUUCUCUCCCCACAAGGACUUAUUCGACUUAACCUGUAUUUCCAAUGGUGCCUUGCUUGGUGCUUUCCCAGUGGUGACAUAGCAAAGGUUCUACUGAAUCUUGUGGUUUGUUCCUUAUUUUAAGGAACGUCUUUUUCAUUACACACACUACUUCACUCAGUUUAACAUUUGUGCUUAGAGGUUCACCAAUAAUAAAAAAAAAAAGAAACAACUCUGACCAUUGUCACAUAAUAUAGACAUUAUUUUGUCUAGAUGAUAUUCAUAGCUUUAUUUCAUGUGGAUUUCACUGUCAUGUGGGUGAUUUUUUAUUUCCUUUUUGUUGGUCGUUUUUUUUCCCCCCUCCACCCCUCCCCCAACUCUUCCCGUGUCACUCUUUUGGGAACCAAGAAUUCACUGCACCAUUAGGAAUUUUUGUCUGCCUAUGAUGAUAUGAUGAUGAACCUGUCAGCUGGCUCUGAUAAGGAUGUCCUGGAACAAAGUUGUAGCUUUUUUUCCGUUCUAGACUGAUUUAGACUAUGGAAAAUGUACAUGAUGCAUAUUGCUGGAGCUCAGGACCAUGCUGCUCUGAUAAUAUACUCUAAUCUUAAUUCGGGGUUAGAAAACAUUCCCACUUUUGGUUUUAAUAGCUUUUUACAAUGAUAUCAUUUUAUUUAUCACUAAAGGGGUUAUUCUGGGGACAUAAAAAGAAGAGCCCAACAUUUAGGAUUGUCUUAUUAGUUUUCAGUAUGUGUGCUGAAAGACCACAAAUCCUAACACUGGGUCUUUCUCCACCAUCCUCACCAUCGCUCUCUACUUUUGCAGUACCAGCUCCUAAAGUGGCUAUGCCAGUGUUUCCCAACCAGGGUGCUUCCAGCUGUUGCAAAACUACAACUCCUAGCAUGCCGGGACAGCCUUUGGCUGUCCGGGCAUGUUGUGGGUUUUAGUUUUGCAACUACAGGAGGCACCCUUAGCUAUGUAGACACUUGGCCACAAUGGGCUGGCCAGCCUCACCCUCCUGUUAGUAACUUUGUUCAAGCCUUUUGCAAUCGCAUGAACAGUGACAAGCCAACACAAACAAGAGGGGAAGGCAGCCACCAGUCAUGUGGCUCUUUGAUAUGUCACAGUACAGAAAGUUUUCCAGUACCACCUCCAAAAGUGGCUAUGCCAGUGUUUCCCAACCAGUGUGCCUCCAGCUGUUGCAACACUACAACUCCGAGCAAGCCAACACGAACAAGAGGGGAAGGCAGCCGCCAGUUACGUGGCUCUGUGUGAUAUGUCACAGCACAGGAAGAAACUACAGAACUUCCUGUCCUACAUCAUUUGAUUUCGGAUCAGCGAAUGUAAAGCAUGUAAAUUAGUAUUGGGUUUAUUUUACAUUUGGCAAUCCAUUGGUCAAGAAACUUUUUAUCGCCUGGAUAACCCCUUUUAUUUCCUCUCCUCAUUUUCCUGUGUUUACACACUAGUCGGCUGCAUCUCACAUGCUGACUUAUUUAUUGCUUACAUAUAUCCUUAUGUUUUACCUUGCUUUACAAUAUUGAGUUUAGAUUGAAUCCUAAAACAUACUUCCUAUUAUAUAAACUCUAUACACAUACUAAUAUAGUGUCAAGUUAUCUGGAAUCGUAUGAGGUUUCUUUUGUUUUUUUCUUUUACUUAGAUGUUGUCUGAACAUCCUUAUGCUAAAACUAGUUAAACACCUGUGGUAUAUGAUAUAGGAAAUUCUAAAUCCAGAUCCUUUAUUUAAAAUGCUGAAAUUGUUAUUACCACUGCUCUAUUUAAGAUGACAAAUAAUGAACUUUUUAUAACCACUAAAAAGAAAAAAAUCCCUUUCAUCUUAGAUUUAUCAUGGAUGUCAUUGUGAGAACGCUUUAUCAUUAACAGAUAUGUCGAUCAGCCAUAACAUUAGGCACAUCAGCUGGUGAAUACAUGUCUUGAAACAAUGGCCACUUUAAAGGGGAGGGAUAUAUGAGGAAGCAAGUGAACAGUCAGUUCUAGAAGUCAUUGUCCUUGAAUGCGCAAAUAUAAUGUGAGCAAAUUUGAGAAGGGCGAAGUUGUGAAAGCUAGAUAAAUGGGUCAGAGCACUCCUAAAACAGGUUGUUAGGGUAUUCCUGUUACUCAGUGGAUAGUACCUACCUAUAGUGGUCCAGGUAAGGAUACCUGGUAAACUAGUGACAGGAACAUAGAUGCCCAAGGCUCGUUGAUGAAAAAGGGGUGGUAAGCUAACCUAUCUGUUCCCUAUCUGUGAUUUGCAAGCCAGACCGAUGCACAAAAAAAAAGGUAGAGAAUAAAGGGGGUGGGGCUUAAACAGUGGGCAUGUCUUUGUGAGAUGGGGUGUGGCUUGCAAGCCGGACCGACACAUUCACCAGAUGCGGAGCUUGUGGAGUAAGGUACUGGAAGUUCCAUAUACUUGCAUGGGACUUGAAACAAAAGCCCAUCUUUUAUAUAAGGGUGUAGGUAAGGGUUAAUUUAACUAUCUUAUCUUUUUAUUUGACAUAUAAGUAAUAUGUGUACCAGAUAUUAUUGAAAUAUCUCCAGCCGUACGGAAGUUAUGUGGGAACAUACAUUUCCCAUAGAUUUUUAUGGGACUUUAAACAAAAACCCCGACCCUCACAAAUGGGGGUAGUUAAGGGUUAAAUUAACUAUCCUACAUUUUAAGUGGACAUAUAAGUAACAUGUGACCAAGUAUUAUGAAAAUAUCUCCAGCCAUUUGGAAGUUAUUCAGUAACAUAUAUUUCCCACAGACUUGUAUGGGACUUUAAACAAAAACCCCGACCCUGGCAAAUGGGGGUGAGUAAGGGUUAAAUUACCUAUCCUAUGUUUGUUGUUGACAUAUUAGUAACAUGUGCGCCAAGUUUCAUAUCUAGCUGUUUGGACGUGAUGUUAGAACAUACACACACAUUGAGAUUUAUAUAUAUAUAUAUAUAUAUAUAUAUAUAUAUAUAUGUAUUGCUCAAAAAAAGAUUAAUGCUGGUUAGUAUAGUAAGGUGUUAGAACAAAGUGCAUUAAAGCUUGUCGUAUAGAUCUGUAUAGUCGUGGACUAGUCUGAUCGGACUCCUGCCCAUUGGAGAAGCAGUCUACAAUGGGCAUGUCAGUAAUGUUCCAUGGAAUGAUGAAUGCAAAUGGGUGUGUGCGCGCCACUUGCCUGGGAUAGGGAUAGACGCAUGAUGCACUACAGGAAGGAGGCAAUGUUUUGAUGAGGACAUUGGGAGUUCAAGGCGUUGUUUUUAAAGGAAAUGUCAUCAGUUUCUCCUGCACUCACCUGUUGGUACAGACAGGUAAUGCAGGUAACACUGACAACAAUACUUACCUGGUUCCGCUCCGUGCUUGCGCUCUCCGGCUGUCCUUUGCGGUAUCUCCAGCUCCGGGCCUGACUUGGAGCAUGUGCGGAGCUUAGUGACUUCACGGCUGCUGUUCUCUGCUGGGUCCCGCUGCUCGCAAACAGCAGCAGUGACAUCACUUAGCUCUGCCCAUGCUCCAAGACUGACUCUGAGCUGAAGAUACCGAAGAGGAUAGCUGAAGAAUGCGAGAACGGAGCCGGACCAGAUAAGUAUCGUUGUCAUCAGUGUCACCUGCAUUACCUGGCUGUACCGACAGGUUAGUGCAGGUGACACUGGUGACAGAUUUCCUUUAAGCAGGUUUAACAGUUACUUAAAUCUAAUCCAUGGAGGCCUUAACUAGCAUCUUACAGGAUCUGAGGCAAAUAUCUUGAUGUCAGAUAUCAUGAGCCACUUUCAGAGGUCUUGUGUCGGCAUGAGUGUGACUUGCACAGUAUAAAGCAAAUGGUUUUAAAGUCACGAUGAUCCAUGGCAGCAGGAUAUGUUUAAGCCUCCCAAGCAUUUAGGAGUCGAGUGCCAGAAGACACAUACAACUCUAUGGGACUUCCAGCAUUCCGAUUCCAGAUCGUGUCAGUCUGUGGGCAAGUCUCUGGCUACGAGAUUGCCACACAUGGUGCCACAGCACAUCGGGACUGUGCACAUUAUAUGUUAUGGCUGAUCGGUGUGUAUUAGUAUGUAGUACUUUAUGUACAAAUGUAGAUGUCAAGUUCCCCCCCCCCCCCCCCACAACUUGGAUAUCUUCAUGUUUUUUUUUUUUUCCUUCUAAUUUGAAGCUAAAAUUCUCACUAUUAACAGAUGUAUAGCCAGCGCUAACACAAAGUGGGUGGAAUGAAGCUGUUAAGAUAAGUUUCCUAACAUGUAAUAUCUUGAUAAUGUUUUUGCUCCAGUUAAUAUUCUUUUUUUUUUUCUUUUUUUUUUUUGGGGUGCUUAACCACUGCUGGCAAUGGAACGCACCAUUUAUUUGUACAAACUAUCAGAUGUCCAUAUGUUAUUGCUGUAAGAUGCUUGGCUUUAGUUAUGUUUUGCCAUUUGUACACUAUUAAAAUGAAAAAUAAAAAAUGAAAAAUGUUUGUUG